CGACCAGCAGGUCGUCAACUGUCUGCGCGGUGAACGGCGCGAGCGAAGUCGCGUGAACCGGCAACAGGCCGCGGAGAAGCAACGCCGCGUCCAGGAACGGAUGAAGCAGUUCGAACAGCAGGAACCCAAAUCGAACUAACCAUGAGCGCCGCCGAUCUGGAAGGCUACUACCUCCGCGAGGAACCGCAAACCAUCUGCGGCCAGACGAUUCCCUCCAUCGUGGAUGACUACGUUCCGGACUACCCGUCCACCGUGGACCGGUUCUUCACGCGGUACUACUACGAACACCCCGUCGACAAGGAGCGCCAGGAGCCGCACCUGGUGCUGUUUCACUCGAACCGGAUCUGUCUGAUCCAGCUGGCCCCGGAGCACGUGGCCUUCCGGCUGGGCAUCAAGUCGGUCUCGUUCGAGGUGGGUAAAAUUGACCGCAGCCAGAACCAGGUCAGUGGAAAGAAGAAAAGCGGCGGCAUGAUCGUGCAGGCCGAUUCGACGCUGGCGUUGGUCACGUGCAACGACGAGAGCGUGUUCAAGGUGCGCGGGUGCGUCCAGGGAAAGCUCGUGGAGGUCAAUCAGCGGGUCGUGCAAGACGUGGGACUGCUGGGGCGUGAAGGGGACGGAUUCAUUGCGGUGGUCAUGCCCAAGCCGGACCAGUGCGAGGCCAUCAAGGGGAAGCUGAUGACGCGGGAGGAGUUUCCGGGAGGGAAAAGUGUUGGGGAAUAGAAGUUGACCGGUUGGU